AUGCCUGUCUACCACAUCGUCCUCUUCCACCUCAAACCCGAGGUCACAGAUACCCAAAUUGCCGAAUGGAGCGCAAUGGCCAAAUCGCAACUGGGCCAAGUGCCAGGCCUCCUCUCCAUUGAAGCCAACAAGCCUCUGCCCGUCUCCGUGUCUCUUACAAAAGGGUAUGAUAUGGCUCUUGUGGCUGUUUUGGAAGGCCCGGAGUUUGUGGAGGGUUAUUCCAAGUAUGCGGCGUCUCAGGCUCAGGCCUUUCGCGAACGGCUCUUUGAUGAUACUAUUGCUUUCGACUUGCAGUUCUAG